AUGCCUCCAUUUCGCAAUUUUCUCGCUCGAAAGCCCCAGCCCAAUGCCGAGGACCCCGCUGUCUUUGACGAGAACUAUCUCUCUCCGAACCAACGCCCCGCGCCGAUACCGAUUCGCAAUAGCCAGGAUGAACCCACCGACCUUCCCCCCCCGGAGAGACCGAGUUUUUGGCGCCGGUAUCCGGGCUCUAACAAACCUACAAAUCACCGGGAUCUCGUUGAUGAGAAUGAGCCCUUUUCCAUCUCUCGCGAGUCCUUUGACUCUUACCGCCGAUCAUUUGAUAUUUCCGCCCGUUCACCCAUCAUACACCCUGACGCUGGGCCCUCUCGAACCUCUCUCGACUCCCGAUUCUCUCGAUUGCCUUCGUCAGGCCCUUACCCCAACGGUUUUACCAAGUCUGACACCAUGGAGGAAGAGGCCUUCGAGGAUGUAGGUCUCAACGACGAGACAAAACCCAAGAAAAAGGGAUUCCUCUCUAGGUUCGGCGACUCUACUAGCGAUGCGCAGCCAUCCGGAGCUAGGUCCUCUACCUCGUCUUUCGGCUUCCAUAUUCCCGGCCGGAAGCGCGGCCAGAGUGGUGUUGGCUCAGAACUGGGGUCUAUGAAAGUCACUCCAUCUGCAAACGCGCCCGCCGAUGAGAUAUGA